AGAAUCCUCCUUUUCAAUCCCAUUAUUGCAACUUGGGCGGUUUAUGAUCCCAUAUAAAUAGAAGCCUGAAAAUACCCCCUAACUUAUAUUUUGAUCAAAAUAAGAGCAUUUAGGGUUUCGAUAGUCCCAAAUUUGACUUGAUUUCCUCUUUCCAUCGAAGAGUUUAGAGGGAUUCAGAAAAUGCAGGGAGGCAGAGGUGGAAGAGAUCCUUUCUUUAAUUUUGGUGGUGACCCCUUCGGUGGUUUUGGGGACUUUGGAGGAUUUGGUGGUCCUAGAAAUUUAUUCUCCAACUUCUUUGGAGGAAGGAACCCAUUUGAUGACCCUUUUUUCACACGCCCUUUUGGAAGCAUGUUUGAUUCAAGCUUCUUUGGCCCCGGUCAAAGUCCUUUUAUGGAUAUGCAUCCGACUGGGUUUAUUGAGCAUCAGGCUCCAGAGCCAAAGAGACCAAGGGGUCCGAUUAUUGAAGAACUAAAUUCUGAUGAUGAAAAGGAAGAAGCAGAUACCGGGAUGAAAGGGAAUCCUAGGAAGCAUGGUAGGUCUAAUGCCGAGCCUUAUGUUGAGGUUCCGGAUGAUGAAGCUGGACAAUCUGAGAGAAGGAACAGGCAUUUGCAGUAUAUGAAUGGUUAUAAUGGUUCGUAUCAAAAUCAGCAGCAGCAGCAGCAACAGCCUCAAACUAGUAGUUUUGUGUUUCAGAGCUCCACUGUCACUUAUGGUGGUGCCGAUGGAGCUUACUAUACUUCAUCAAAAACAAGGAGGACUGGAAGUGAUGGAAUUACUUUUGAAGAAAGCAAAGAAGCGGACACAACUACAGGCCAAGCAAGCCACCAGGUUUCUAGGGGACUUCACAACAAGGGUCAUUCAGUUAUGAGAAAGCUGAACUCGGAUGGUAGGGUGGAUACGAUGCAGACCUUACAUAAUUUGAAUGAAGAUGAACUUCCUGGUUUUGAAGAAUCUUGGAAAGGAAAUGCCCAAAAGCGUCUGCCUGGCUGGUCCGGAAGUUUUAUUGGCCAUGAUAAAAUAGGGACUGGCAGCAGUGGACAGAACGGGCAGGCUGGUCGGGGAGGAUGGGCACUUCCCUCUACUGAGUCUUCUCAACCAAAAGGGAGGAUGAUGGUAGAUGCAAGAGACAGGUCCGGGCCUUUGCGUAGCGAACACACUAGGAUGAAAGGAUCAGCAGAUUUUAAAGAUAAGAGUUCUCACUCUCGAGGGAAACGUAGGGACUAAGUUGGAGUGAGUCUAACACCGAGAUGAUCUUGUGGUGCAGAAGGCAUUGCCUUUCCUCUUAUAUAUAUAUGUAUGUAGUAUUGUAUGUUGUUGCCAUGUUUUCCUAGUUUAGAGCUUUUAUGAUUCAUGCGUCUGUUGUGGCAGUCCUUUUACCAAGGAGGGUUGCUAAUGCAGAGAGAGCUUUAGACAAUUACUGCAAAUACAUAGUGAUUAUAUAACAUCUACUUUCUAGUAUAUUAACAUUGCAAUCUGAAAUAAUCAUAUGCUUUGCUUCACUUUUUAUGAGGAA